UAUUCGAUGUCAUUCGUGCAGAUGUGAACAAGAAGGCAAAGAAUAACAAAAACAAAAAAUUAUUGCCAUAAAUAAAGUUGUUGGAAAAAUAGUGACAACAUUGCGAGAGACGUAAAGAAGUGAUAGAAAUAAAUAAAACAAUAAAACAUUAAUUAUUAAAAAAUUAUUUUUAAUUAAAAUAAAUUUGCAUAAUACAAGUUUAAAUAAAAAGUAUUUCAAGUGAAGUGGAAUAAAUACAAAAUCAAAAAUAAAAAUACAAGGCCGUCCAUUAACUUGAAAAUUAAAAAAGAAAGAAAAUUUUUAUUUCUUUGUGAUAAUUGUGCUGAAUUUAAACAUAAAAAUAAAAAAUGUGUGUGCUUUUGAUGAUUAAGAAAGUGUUCCAAACGUAAACCACCGGUGUAUGGAUAACCAGUCAAUAUCAGAGAAAAUAAAUUAAAGAUUAGUUUUUUUUUGUUUUAUUUCAUUUUAAAAAGUGCAACAACAACUAAACACAACAAGUUAAGAUAACAAUAAAUUUGUAACAAUACGAAUAUUUAUUAAUAAUUGUAUUUAUUAUACUAUAUGGUGGAGCAGCUAAUCGAACAAAAGUCUAAAUUACGUGGCCCUGAAUGUGUUUUAACAUUCUAGCUUAUUUUUAAACACUUGUGUUGCCCACUGGGUCCCCAAGGCAUAGUUGUAAAGCAGAGGUCCACUUAUAGGGUCCGGCAAUUGUCUACAUUGCUGGCUGCCAAAAGAGAGAGUGGUAUCUGUAUGUAUUAAUGAAUGUGUGUUGAGCAAAGAAAACUCCAACAAUUGUUGAACUACAUAUUUUCAUGCAGUAUUUGCUAAACUCUUAAAUAAACAAACAAACAAUCACAACAAUUAAUACAAUGGAAUACAUUAAACAAUUAAAUGGUGGUGGUGGUGUUGGCGAUAUAGCCCCACCCCAAAUGGCGCCCUCAGCAACACCACAAGUCACUAUAGCCGAAUCGAACAACACCGUGCUGCUCAAUAAUGAUUCUGCCUCACAAUCGGAAGAAUCUGAUUUGGAAUUUAUAGACAAUAGCACCGUUGAGUUACGUGGUUAUCUAAGUAAAUGGACCAAUUAUAUUUAUGGCUGGCAACCACGCUAUAUUGUUUUAAAAGAUGGCACUUUAUCCUAUUACAAAUCCGAAUCGGAAUCAGAUUUUGGCUGCCGUGGUGCUAUAAGUUUAAGUAAAGCCACCAUUAAGCCACAUGAAACGGAUGAAUUACGUUUUGAUGUUGUGGUCAAUAAUUAUAAUAACUGGUGUUUACGUGCGGAAACACCCGAGGAUCGUAUGCACUGGGUAGAAGUAUUACGUAUGUAUAAAGAAGACAGCACUAGCACAGAUACAACAUCAUUGAGACGUCAUGGCAGUACAAUGUCAUUACAAUCAAAUACUGUUUCAGUAGCUAGUGGCAGUAGUUUGAAAAAGUCCCAACGUAAUCUCAAGGAGAAAGUUGGCGAAAUUGAAACAUUCAAGGAUAUAUUAUUUGGACAAAUAGAAACCUUGCAAAGAUAUUUUGAUGCAUGUGCGGAAGCAUAUAAAGGCACAGAUAUACCUUUGGAUUUAGGUGAUGGCUUAAAACCAAUUGAUUUUAAGGGUGAAUCGAUUACUUUCCGCGCCACUACUUCUGGUGUUUUAAGCACUUUACAGCAUUGUUUGGAAAUUAUAGCGGAAAAUGAUGAAAUAUGGAAAAAGAAAUUGGAUAAAGAAAUUGAAAAACGCAAAAAGAUUGAAGAACAAAGUCGUAAAAAUAAGGAAGAAAUGGAAAAGUUGAAACGUAUUUCAUACCCGGGACCUGAUUUGGAGGAAGGACCACAUUCCACCCUACCAGAAGAUGAAUUUUUCGAUGCCGUCGAAACUGGUUUGGAUAAAAUUGAAGAGGACAUGCAAUUACGAACCAAAUUAAAACUUCAAUCACAGCAAUCACAGAAUUCCACACACAAUUCAAUACAUUUAGCACAACCCGAUGAUGAAGAGGGCAGUGCAGCCGAAGAGUUUGGUACCGGUGCCUUAGCGAAAUCACACAAUUUAUGGCCAGAGAUUGAUCGUGUUUGUAUGGAACAAUUACAUUAUGCUCGCCAGGGUGUGGGACAGGAUGGUAAUGGUUGGCAAAUAUUUGCCGAUGAGGGUGAAAUAAAAAUGUAUAAACGUGAGGAGGAGGUUAAUGGUAUGGUUAUGGAUCCUUUGAAAGCCUAUCAUACGGUUAAGGGAGUAACGGCUAGAGAAAUGUGUCAUUAUUUCUUUAUGCCUGAGUUUCGCAAUGAUUGGGAAACUACCUUAGAAGAUUGUAUUAUUUUGGAAAAGAUCUCACCUGAUACAUUUUUAUUUUUACAAACACACAAACGUGUUUGGCCCGCUAGUCAAAGAGAUGCCCUAUUCUGGUCUCAUAUGCGCAAAAUUACAGAUGGUCUAGAUGAUGGUGCCUAUGACACCUGGAUAGUUUGUAAUAAUUCAACAGAGUAUUCCAAACAAGAGUCGAAAAAUGGCAAAUGUGUGAGAAUAUUUUUAACAGUGAUACUUGCCUGUCAAACCAUUUUACCGCCGGGUAAAACUAAACAUGAUAAAUUAAAUAGAAAUGAAUUAACUUGUAAGGUGACCUAUUGUUCAGUGGUUAAUCCCGGUGGCUGGGCUCCUGCUUCUGCUUUACGCGCUGUUUAUAAGCGUGAAUAUCCAAAGUUCCUUAAACGUUUUACCGGCUACGUGAUAGACCAGUGCAAAGAGAAACCCAUUAUGUUCUGAUAUUUGCCAUUUUCAUUCUUAUUAUUAAUAUUAUUAUUGUUAUAGUAAAGUAAUUUUAUAUUUUAUAUAUUUUUUUCCUGUUUAUCUUUUCCGUUAAAAGCAAAUGUUUGAAAUGUAUGUAUUUUUUUCUUUAUUGUUUUUCUAGCUACAAUUUGUGUAAUGUAAUUGUUGUGAAUAAGUUGUUGCAAUUCUAAAUGUAAUUUGGAAGUUAUAAAAAUCUAUUUUUUAUAGCUGUUAAUAGUAUAUUUCUUAUUUACUGCUAAUAUUAUUUAAACAUUAAUGUUUUAGAAAACUGCAGAAAGAACUUUAUGUUAAACUUCGAAAAUAAAUGAUCAAAUGAGUUUGUCUAUAUGAAGGGAAAAUAUUUCUUACAUAUUGCUUUGAAACUAAUUGAUAAGUUUUUAAUUAAAUUUAUUAUUUUCUAAAAUA